AUGGAUGACUUGUCAGGGCUCAGCUGGACUCCAGCUUCAGGGCGCGAGGCGACGAGGCCACCCCCCAUGAACCCCACGUCUGCAUUUUCCCAGCUACGGCCUACCCCUCCUGUAUCAGGGAGGUCUUCUCCUUACUUGUCCGCUGGGCCUCCGGUGCGCUCGAAGGUGUCCUCGACAGCACCCACCCCCGCAGAUGACAGCUUCGCAAACCUAGUGUCAUUCAAAUCUGCUUCAUCCGCUAAAAGCCUUUCCCUCCUUGAACAACAAAAGCAUUUGGCGGAACAGAAAACACGGCAGGAAGCAGAAAGAAAGGCUCAACUAGAAGCUCAAUAUGGAGGGAACAACGCGCAAUUCUGGGACAGUUUGGCCAAACCUCAGACAUCUAAAUCUUCCGCAACUCCAGAUCAAUUAAUGGAACAAAGUCAAACUACGACUGAUGAAGAUGAUCUUUUGGCUGCUUUCAAUUCGUCGGCCCCGGUCGAUGCAUCUACAAAUUUCCCUGUGCCCGGUUCUGGCAGAUCUUCAAAUAAUACACCAGUCCUAGAGCUUGGACAGGAUGUUAAGUGGCCUAUGAAUAACCCUUCCAUAAUAUCUGAUGAUGACGAUGACCCAUUCGGUUUGCGCGAACUUAAUUCAAAGGAUAUGCCUCAGCCAACUUCUCCCAUAACCGACGAUGAAGAUGUUCUAGGCGUAUUGGGCAGACCUGCCGCUGAGUCUGCGUCGAAGUCGGAUGUCGAAAUUUCUGUCAUCAAGGAACCCUCUAGGAGCCCGUCUCCCGCCGUUUCCGCCACAGAUAGGCACAUUGCUGAAUUGGUGGAUAUGGGGUUCUCUGCGGAUAAGGCCCGAGAGGCCCUUGAGGUGACGGAGUCGGGGACUGAUGUUCGGGCAGCAGUUGGUUGGCUUCUAAAUCAAGCUCAUGAGGAGGCAAAGCAAAAGGCGAGGAGCAGAGAUAGGGGAUUUGGCAAGGAUGAACUAGGCGAUAGGAGCCGUGAACGUGAACGGCUUUCCGACAGUAGACGCCCCGAACAGCGGAACAACAGUGUCCCUGCAUGGAUGCAAAACGAGGAACUAUCUCGUUCUGCAACCAGCCGUGUAGAUAAUAGAAGCCCAGCCUCUAUUGACAAAGAUGCGGCGGCAUUGGCAGCUGAAUUUGGUAAUAACCUUUUCAAAUCCGCUAAUUCCCUUUGGAAGUCCGGGACGAAAAAGGUGCAGCAAGUAGUGCAAGAAUUUAAUUCACCGGCUGAUUUAGGUCAGCCGCGUUGGAUGCGAGAAUCCUCAACUACCUCGGAAAAGGCACGUUCUCAAUCCCGGGGAAAUUCCCCUCCAAAUCCAAAAAACUUUACAGAUGAAGCGAUGCUGCUUGAAUUAGGGGGACGACCCAGCAAAUCAUCCAGAAGAAGGGAAGAUAUGUCCAAAGCACAAAUUCCCCGAAGCCGAUCUCCACAACCUGCUUUUCAAAUGGAUAUGCGAUCACAAAGUAGAGAAGAGCCUCGAGAUCGACUCUCUCGUGUGCACGCUGAGGAACAGGCCGCACAAGCAUAUAUUAGCCCUGCGAGGAGAAGUAAAGCAGCUGCAACUCCUCCCGCUUCCGAAUCCCAGCCUGAUUUGUUUGAACAGCUCAGCCCAGUGCGCCAGCCAACACGGCCCGCAACAACAUCCCCCUUACCCCAGGCCAGCCAAAGCCUACCAUCCAAACACCUGCCUGUGCGUCCAAAGGCUCCGCUACGGGAAAUCCCCCAGGUUUCAGCUGUAGCUCUUGCGUCCUCACACAGUCAUCGUCAGAAGGGUUCAGAAGCCUUUAGGAGAGGUGAUUAUGCUGCUGCCCAUGCAUCAUAUUCUUCCGCCAUUUCUGAGCUUCCAGAAAACCACCCCAUUAUGGUUAUUCUUCUCUGUAACCGUGCCCUGACAGGGCUUAAAGUUGGUGAGCCAAAAUCAGCAAUCAGAGAUGCGGAUACAGCCAUCUCAAUCAUUGGCCCGUCCAAAGGCGAGUCAGAAAAAAUCGAUCUAGGGAACGGAGAACCAAGCAAAGACAUGAGGGAAGUCUUUGGCAAAUCGUUAAUGAGGAAAGCUGAGGCAUUAGAGCAGCUUGAACGGUGGGCGGAAGCUGCGCAGGUCUGGCGAGAUGCAGUUGAAGCAGGCCAUGGUGGUAGCACCAGCAUCCAGGGACGAAACAGGUGUGAAAAGGCGGCUGGUAUAUCUCAGCCAACCUCACGAACAUCAACUCCGGCGACUUCUACUCGCCCACGACCACUCGAGAAGCCGGCGACUCCCUCAACUAGACCCACGCCCACGAACACACAUACUGCCAAGCCAACUGAGGCAGUUAGUCGCCUCCGUGCAGCCAACGAGGCAGCAGACCGAGCUGAUAAUGAGAAAUUCGCCCUCGCGGAUUCUGUAGAGGCACGCAUAGCAACGUGGAAGGGAGGGAAACAGGAUAACCUGCGGGCUCUUUUAGCAAGCCUGGAUACCGUUCUAUGGCCAGAGGCCACUGCAACUCCUCCCGCUUCCGAAUCCCAGCCUGAUUUGUUUGAACAGCUCAGCCCAGUGCGCCAGCCAACACGGCCCGCAACAACAUCCCCCUUACCCCAGGCCAGCCAAAGCCUACCAUCCAAACACCUGCCUGUGCGUCCAAAGGCUCCGCUACGGGAAAUCCCCCAGGUUUCAGCUGUAGCUCUUGCGUCCUCACACAGUCAUCGUCAGAAGGGUUCAGAAGCCUUUAGGAGAGGUGAUUAUGCUGCUGCCCAUGCAUCAUAUUCUUCCGCCAUUUCUGAGCUUCCAGAAAACCACCCCAUUAUGGUUAUUCUUCUCUGUAACCGUGCCCUGACAGGGCUUAAAGUUGGUGAGCCAAAAUCAGCAAUCAGAGAUGCGGAUACAGCCAUCUCAAUCAUUGGCCCGUCCAAAGGCGAGUCAGAAAAAAUCGAUCUAGGGAACGGAGAACCAAGCAAAGACAUGAGGGAAGUCUUUGGCAAAUCGUUAAUGAGGAAAGCUGAGGCAUUAGAGCAGCUUGAACGGUGGGCGGAAGCUGCGCAGGUCUGGCGAGAUGCAGUUGAAGCAGGCCAUGGUGGUAGCACCAGCAUCCAGGGACGAAACAGGUGUGAAAAGGCGGCUGGUAUAUCUCAGCCAACCUCACGAACAUCAACUCCGGCGACUUCUACUCGCCCACGACCACUCGAGAAGCCGGCGACUCCCUCAACUAGACCCACGCCCACGAACACACAUACUGCCAAGCCAACUGAGGCAGUUAGUCGCCUCCGUGCAGCCAACGAGGCAGCAGACCGAGCUGAUAAUGAGAAAUUCGCCCUCGCGGAUUCUGUAGAGGCACGCAUAGCAACGUGGAAGGGAGGGAAACAGGAUAACCUGCGGGCUCUUUUAGCAAGCCUGGAUACCGUUCUAUGGCCAGAGGCCAGUUGGAAGAAGAUCAGCAUGUCUGAGUUGAUUCUGCCCAACAAGGUUAAGAUCCAGUACAUGAAAGGAAUUGCAAAGGUGCAUCCAGAUAAGAUACCUGUGAAUGCAACCACAGAGCAAAAAAUGAUUGCUGGAUCUGUUUUCAACGCAUUAAACGAAGCAUGGGAUAAAUUCAAGCGCGAAAAUGCACUUUAG